AUGCGUGUCCUUGAGGCGUUGAUCUUCGCCGUAGGCCUCAUAGUCUUGGCCGAAGCCACAAAACACCAGCUUAUCAUCGGUACAUUUAGUACUAACUUCCUCUAUACCAUUGCGUACGACGACCAGGACCAGUCUCUCCAGUUAAUCCACAAGACUCCUACCAAUGCCGCUAGUUCAUGGAUAUCGCUGAGUCACGACAAGAAAAAUCUUUACGGAACGGACUGGAACUCGGAAUCACCGUCUUUCGUCAGCUACAGCGUCAAGGAUGCCCAAACUAUCCAAUACCAGAACCGUCUAGCUGGAGACGCAAACUGUGCCAACUCGAAGAGCAUUUUUGUUACCUCUAGUCCCCAGGCCCCUUACGUCGUAUAUGGAAACUAUUUUUACAGUAACGCUCAAUGUGGUACUGUCAUGUCGGUUGAUGCUAGCGGAUCUCUUCAAUCUGUAAUCCAGAACUACAAUUAUAGCGAUGGUUCGGCUGUCCACGGCGUCUCCUUCAGCAACGACUUCAAAUUCCUGUACUCGGCAGACGACGGAGGAAACUCGAUAUGGGUACAUGACAUUAAUUCUGACGGAACUCUGGAUUUCAAACAGAGAUUUGAAAUGCCCGUCAAUCACUCAGACCCCCGUCACAUAGUUGCUCACCCGGCUGGCGAAUAUGCUUACGCUGUAUGGGAGGGAACAAGUGGUGUUGGAAUGUACUAUGCUAGCCCGGAUACUAGCGAUUUGUAUCUGAUGAGACCGUCAUUCUCUCUAAUCACAGACGACGAUAUUGCAUCCGACUUCUGGGCCGACGAGGUAGCGUUAUCUGCCAAUAAUAAGUACCUCUGGGCGAGCAAUCGCGCGCGUGAUGUUCAACGCAAGGGCUAUAUUUCAGCUAUCGCGGUCGACGGCGAGGGCCACCUUAACAGGCAGCUUUUCCUAGUCCAAACAACAAACAGCGGUGGGUUUGCCAAUGCAGUUUCCCCCAGCCCCUUCGAUGAUCGCAUCGUAGCUUUGACGGAUAACUCGACCGGCUUUGUUGAGGUGUGGAAGAUGGAUGAUAACGAGGCCGGAGCCAAGGCAAUUGCCCACCUAGAUAUUGGCGAUGGAGGUGGCUGUUGCGCCAACGCCGUUUGGUACUCUUAA